CAUCCUAUAUUACAUCUAUGUUUAUUUGGCUUAAAGUUCUCCGGCACGGUGUCGGAAUUCCGGCGCGGGGCCGUUUUAGAUUCGAAAAUAGAUAAUUAUACGUCUAUGGAAAAUAUUCUUGCGUAUUUUUUUAAAUUGUCAUUAGCUGUCAUUUAUGGUCGAGCUGUUCUCUGUUGUCUCCUCUGCGUGUUUGACCGAGGGCGGGGCUCGGUUCCUACACACACGCACAGCGGACAGCACAGGGGAGAGGCCACGGUGGAGAUGACCCAGGUGAAGGCUAUAGCUAGCUGGAGAUGAGAAUGAAAUCCAGUCGCAACUUCCUCCUGGGCAUGUGCUCCAUGCUGGCCCUGGGAUUCCUCUACUACUCGUCAGGGAAGAUCAGCUUACGAGGCUGGGGCCACAAAUCAUUGGCAACUGCACCAACAGUGCUGGAACUUAUGUCCUCUACACAAGUCACUGCCACGGGCCACUCCUCUGAAAGUGUGUAUGACAAUCAAGGGUUCCUUCUGAAGCUGGACGGUCGUCUGCCUUUGGAGCUGAUGUACAAGUACGGCAAUCUCAGUGAGGGAGCCUGUAAGCCUGGUUUUGCAGCUGCCAAGAUGACAGCCAUUUAUCCAAAGUUUACCAAACUGGCGCCCAUGUUCCUUGAUGCAAAUUACAAACGAUUCUUCAAGAUUGGUGAUUAUUCACCUCCGUUUGGUGUAAAAUCACAAGAGAAGAUUAUAGAUAUUCUUUUGUCAGCUACUAAGACCUAUGGCCUUGGGGAAGAACUCGACAGUAUGAACUGUAAGACAUGCAUCAUCAUAGGGAACGGAGGAAUCCUCACCAACAAGUCUCUGGGACAGAGGAUUGAUAAGUUUGAUGUGGUGGUCAGGUUGAAUGAGGCCCCAGUCAAAGGCUUUGAGAAAGACGUCGGCUCCAAGACCACCAUUAGGAUCACCUAUCCAGAGGGGGCCAUCCAGAAGACUGAACGCUACGAGACUCAGUCCCUGUUUGUCCUCUCUGCCUUCAAAGCUCUGGACUUCAAGUGGCUCCGACACAUGGUCUUCAACCAGAGACUGCGCAGCACUGAUGGGUUCUGGAAGUCGGUGGCCAGGCACGUUCCAAGGGAGCCCAGCAACAUGCGUAUCCUGAACCCUUACUUCAUCCAGGAGGCCUCCUUCAAGCUAAUUGGCUUACCUCACAACAAUGGACAGAUGGGCAGAGGGAAUAUCCCAACCCUAGGGACAGUUGCCAUAACGAUGGCCCUUCAUAACUGUGAUGAAGUAGCUGUGGCUGGAUUUGGCUACAACAUGAGCACCCCCCGCGCCCCUCUGCACUACUAUGAGAAGAUCAGGAUGUCAGCUAUCAAAGAGUCCUGGACUCACAACAUAUCCAAAGAGAAGGAGUUCUUGAUGAAGCUGGUAAAGGCUGGUGUUAUCCAAGACUGGACCAAUGGGAUCUGUGGUGCAGGAUGCUGAUGGUCUGCACGCAGCUUCAUGGUUCCUGGAUGCAGCACUGUACUCACCUCCACCUGCUGCAGCACCUGAGGAGGGAAACUUAAGGCUCUGUAGGCCAUGUUUCCAGCAGAGAGCAGCACCGUGGUCAGUGCAGAGAUUGUAAGUAUAUGAGGCUUAUUGACCUGGACACACUGCCCCAGUGAUGCAUGUUGACAUAAUGCAAGCAGUUGGCCUCUGCAUUGUACUGCAGUAUUUAGCUCAUCCUAGUUGGCAGUUAGUGUAUUUUUACAUGUAUUUGGUACCCUGGCUCAGGGGUACGCAGUGUUGGGGAUCAAUCCAGCACCUAGACCAGGCUGCCCUCCUGCUAGAACUGUGACAGGCUGGAGAGAGGAGGAGAGGAUGAAGAUGUUGUGUUUAAACAUUGAGCCUGUGCCAAGAAUACCUCAAGUGUCUUCUGCGUACGCAUCUGAAUGUAAUAUGCAUCAAACAAAAUGUCAAGAAAAGUAAUAUUCUUACACCUAUUUCCCUUAUUAAACAUAAAAAUACA